AGUCGCGGUACAGCGUGGGGCACGGAGGGGCUCACGCACCCAGGAGCGCGCAGGCCUUCCCGAGGGCGUGCCCGCAGCGCGCUCCGCCCCGGAAACACGCCCACUGCCGCCUUGGCGGGCUUUCGAAACGUUCAGGUUUCCUAGCGUCCCGCUGCUUGGGAACUUAUUUCUUGCCUGCCAAGCCUGCCGCCAGCCGGGCGCGGCAGGACUCCUGGACCCGGCGCUGCGAUGAAGAGGACCCGCGAGGAGGUGGAUGCGACGCUGCAGAUCGCCAAGCUGAACGCGGCCGAACUGCUGCCAGCGGUGCACUGCCUGGGCUUCGGCCCGGGGGCCAGCGGCGCUGCCGCCGGCGACUUCUGCCUGCUGGAGCUGGAGCCCACGCUGUGCCAGCAGCUGGAAGAUGGACACAGUCUUGUGAUUCGUGGUGAUAAAGACGAGCAAGCUGUGCUGUGCAGUAAAGACAAAACAUACGACUUGAAGAUAGCAGACACUUCCAAUAUGUUGCUUUUCAUUCCUGAUUGUAAAACUCCAGACCAGCUGAAGAAGGAAGAUUCACACUGUAACAUUAUUCACACUGAGAUCUUCGGUUUUUCUAAUAAUUAUUGGGAAUUAAGAAGAUGUAGACCUAAGUUAAAGAAGCUAAAGAAACUUUUGAUGGAAAAUCCAUAUGAAGGACCUGACAGUCAAAAAGAGAAUGAUUCAAAUAGCUCAAAAUAUACAACUGAAGAUUUGCUUGAUCAAAUUCAGGCAAGUGAGGAAGAAAUAAUGACCCAAUUACAAGUUCUAAAUGCCUGUGAGAUUGAAGGUUAUUGGAGGAUUCUUGAAUUUGAUUAUGAGAUGAAACUUCUGAAUCAUGUAACUCAGCUUGUGGAUUCUGAAUCAUGGUCUUUUAGCAAAGUUCCUUUGAAUACAUGCCUUCAGGAACUUGGACCAUUGGAGCCAGAGGAAAUGAUAGAACACUGUCUUAAAUGUUAUGGGAAGAAAUAUGUAGAUGAAGGCGAAGUGUAUUUUGAGUUGGAUGCUGAUAAAAUAUGCAGAGCAACAGCACAAAUGCUACUUCAGAAUGCAGUGAAAUUCAAUCUCGCUGAGUUUCAAGAAGUGUGGCAGCAGAGUGUUCCUGAAGGAAUGAUAACUAGUCUUGAUCAGCUUAAGGGUUUAGCGCUGGUGGAUAGACACUCGAGACCGGAAAUCAUAUCUUUGCUGAAAGUAGAUGAUUUACCUGAGGAUAAUCAGGAACGUUUUAAUAGCCUUUUCUCUCUAAGGGAGAAGUGGACAGAAGAAGAUAUUGCCCCAUAUAUUCAAGAUUUGUGUGGAGAGAAGCAAACCAUAGGUGCACUACUCACUAAAUAUUCUCGUUCUUCGAUGCAAAAUGGUGUUAAAGUUUAUAAUUCGAGAAGACCCAUUUCUUAAAAGAACAACAGUUUUUCCUUCGGGACUCAAGUUGCUUUAUAAAGCUGCUGGAUACAAGAAAACUUGUACUUUUAUAUCUGACUUUUAAAAACCUAGUUUUCUAAGGCCUUUUCCUCCUCAUGUUAAGCAUUUUGAAACUACUGUUGUUAUUUCUUAAAUGUUAUAGGAUGUAGCUUUCAAAUUAUAUUUGUAUUAUGUACACAGUGUAAACAAGGACAAAAGAAAGUAUUGUUUCCUAUGUUAUGUCUGAGGUCUCUGAUUUAUUUAAAGUUUGGCUUUUUAUUUUUAAAGUGUCAUUUCUUUAUUUAGGAUUUGAUGUUCUAAUCAUUAAUACAUUUUAAGUUUUCCAGAGAAUUAAAUAGUAAUAGUUUCAUAGAAGAGAAUUCUUUAUUCACUUAAAUAUCAUUUCUCAAGUGAGUGAGUUCCCCUCUACUUUUACCCUUCUACCCAAACUAGAAGCCACUAGGUGCUAUCAAUUAUUUAUAUUCGUUGUUUACAUCCAUGAAAUUGGCUGAAUAAUUACUCCUCUGCCUGGCGUAGACAUGCACUUCAGGGAAAAAAUGGGUUUAUAAUCCUAUAAUGAAGAAUACUGGCACAGGCAGUGCUCACUUGAAAACUUCAAGUAAUUUCUAGUUGGUUUUGGAAUGCUUGCUAAAGUUCCUUUACAGCUUUAUUUUCCUGAUUUGUUUUGGUUUAGAUCAAAGUUCAAAUUAAUUUUAACUUAGCUAAUGAACUGGUCACCAGGACAGUUGGAGGGGGUACAGGCCAAGGUUAAAUGGUCCAAGUUUUAAAAAUGUUAAUGGAUAAUCCAUAAUUAAUUAAACAAGGUUUGACUGUUACUGAAGUUUACAAGUUUUUAUUGUCACGAACAUGAAAUACAAACACGAUGGCUUUGAAAUGUCUUUCAAUAAAUGUUUCUGCAUUUAUAUGGAUUAUAUGAUAUAUAUACAUACACAGUCUACAUA